AUGGUCCAUAAAGACUGCACACAACUCCCACGCAUUAUCAAAUUGUCACGGCAUGUUCACUGCAUUUUUCACAAAUAUUUUCUUGAAGAUCUUACAAGGAAAAAUUGCAAGAUUUGUUUCAAUGAAGUGAAACUAAAUCGUGGGAGUUACUCUUGUGUAAAGCAAGGUUGCAGUUAUGUUGUCUAUGUGAAUUGUGUCUUAGAGGAUAAAUAUUUGUACAAGGUAAUUGAGGAAGAAAAACAAUGUGAGGAGCUUUAUGAAAAACCUAUGCAGUCUUCCAUCAUUCAUGUUAUUGAGGUGAAUGAAGUUGGGGAAGAUACAAAGAUUGAACAUUUCAGUCAUCAACAUUGCUUGGUGUUAGCAAACAAGAUGGAGGAGGAAAUGGAUAGAAAAUGUGAUGGAUGCAUGCUAUCUAUCUCUACUCUCUUCUAUUAUUAUUUACAAUGCCUCUUUUUUCUUCAUAAAACCUGUGCUGAAUUUCCAAGAAUCAAGCAACAUUGGUUUGAUAAAGGCAGUGCCAUCCUUUGCUUCAAAGACGUCCAAUACUGUGACUUUUGCUAUCAAUAUUGUAGUGGUUUCUUCUACAAAAUUGAAAAUUUUUGGGGCAUGUGCUUAAGGUGUGCUAAAGUUGAUGAUAUCAUUAAAUGUGAAGGACACCAACACUUCCUCUUUUUUGAUUUCAAAUGCAAAGAGAAAUGUAAUGAUUGUGGCAAUAGUUGUGGGCAUGGUGCAUUCAGAUGUGGAGAGUGCAAAUUUGCUUUGGAUUUUAGAUGCUUAACGUUACCACAUUCAGCUCAUCACAAAGUUGAUGAACACAUGCUAAAGCUGACUUAUGAUGUUGAUAAUGAGCAAAGUUAUUGCGAUAUUUGUGAACAAAAAAGAGAUCCAAGUCUUUGGUAUUAUUCUUGUUCAAUCUGUGAUACUUCUGCUCAUCCCAAAUGUGUUCUCGGACAAUUUCCAUUUCUCGGGGAUGGGAGUAGAUGGCCUUAUAAAAGGUCACAUAAUCAUGAUCUUUACUGUUUUAGGAAGGUUGAGGGCUACCCUAAAUGCUCUUGUUGUGGCAAGCUUUGCCAAGAAGAAAUUCUCAAAUGUGAAAAGUCUACAUGCAACUAUAUUAUCCAUCACGAAUGUCCAAGCUACUAA